AUGGGCAUGACGCCCUUCAUGGCCGACUUCCUCAUGGGUGGCGUCUCCGCAGCCGUCUCCAAGACCGCCGCGGCCCCCAUCGAGCGCGUCAAGCUCCUCAUCCAGAACCAAGAUGAGAUGAUCAAAGCCGGCCGCCUGGACCGCCGAUACAAGGGCAUAGCGGAGUGCUUCAGCCGCACAAUAUCGGACGAGGGGUUCCUCAGCCUGUGGCGCGGAAACACGGCCAACGUGAUUCGAUAUUUCCCUACGCAAGCACUGAACUUUGCCUUUCGGGAUAAGUUCAAGAAGAUGUUUGGGUAUAAGAAGGAAACCGAUGGAUAUGCCAUGUGGAUGGUAGGAAACCUGGCUUCAGGAGGUGCUGCUGGAGCGACGGGGCAGCUGUUCGUAUACUCUCUCGAUUAUGCUCGGACUCGACUGGCGAAUGACGCAAAGAAAGGGGGACAACGCCAAUUCAACGGCCUCAUUGAUGUCUAUCGGAAGACUCUGGCAUCAGACGGCAUCGUCGGACUGUAUCGUGGCUUCUUUCCCUCUGUCCUCGGAGCCGUCGUAUAUCGUGGCCUAUACUUUGGCAUGUACGACUCCUUCAAGCCGCUCGUUCUGAUCGGGUCUCUGGAGAACAACUUCCUUGUAUCAUUUUGUCUGGGCUACUUCGUAACUACAGCGGCAGGCAUUGCGUCAUAUCCUCUCGACACGAUCCGGCGGCGCAUGAUGAUGACUUCGGGAGAAGCUGUCAAGUAUAAGAGCUCGCUUGACGCAGCCAGACAAAUCGUGGCAAAGAAUGGGGCACGGGCACUCUUCAAUGGUGCUGGGGCAAAUAUCCUUCGUGGCGUUGCUGGUGCUGGAGCAUUGUCCAUCUAUGAUCAGCUUCAGGUGGCCCUCUUUGGCAAGGCAUUCAAAGGGGAGUAA